CAAGAAAUAGCUUGCAUCAGCUCACAUGAAAGCUACCAAUCAUCGUGAUCUGAUUUUCAUAGCGGGGUACCUAGUUUCUAACGCUCUACCGGGGGUAUGUGUCUAGAAAGCAUCAUCCCGUCAUGCAUGACAAACAUUUUGCCUCCAUUCUCAGCAUCAACUCAAUUGCCUAAGAAGGUGCCAAAGAAAACGACAUUCAAAAUGGGUGGUCUUAACCUCGAAGUGUUCAAGUUCGGCACGUAUAUCAUGUUUCCUAUCGGAAUCAUGUUCUACUUUGGCACCAACCUCGAUAACCGCUUCGCCGUACCUGGCUUCUGGCCCAAGCCCGAAGAGUGCAACAAGAUCCCCAAGGACCGAGACGAGAUCAAAGCCGAGUAUGACCGCAUCGUGGCGCGACAAAAGCUCCGACAGGCCAAAAAGCUUGAAGAGGAACGCAAAAGAGCAGCACAGCAGCCCGAGAAUGACCAGCCCGAUUCCUGAAGCCCAGCGAAUCGGAUUCAAGCAUGUACAUUAUUAGCCAGAGGGUUCGGCAACGGCAGCAUUAACGAUGUAUUCAUGGCGUUUGGAAGGCAUUGGAAAUAUUCCCCCUCUGUUGGUAUGGGCAAAAUACAGCAUCGUACAAAAUUGUUACAAACUCAUCGCUGUUCUAUGUUUUAUACAUCCAGGUUUCUUUCAACCUUGUCCCACUCUUCGUCCCCUACAGCUCCCUGACGUACAUUGGCAUAAAUGGCUCUGACUUCGGGAUAUUCCUUGAGUCCGUUGAAGAGCAUGUCGAGAGCAUUAGCUUGCUCUGUGGUGUCAAUGCUGACUUUUGUGUCCUCGUUCGGUGCCCAGACAAUGUCUGAGUCGAGAAUCUCAAGCUCAAAUUUCUUAGACAGGGCCUCAGUGAUGGCUGUCAACGUGUUUGGCUGGGUCCAAGCCAAGAAGUCACCCUCUGGCAGUUCCUCGACAUCUUCCAAUCCCUCGUGCUCAAUCGCCUCGUCCAGAACAUCUGAGAGUGACGGCCCGCACUCCUCGGCUUUGAAAACAGCUCUACCACGUCUUGUAAAGUAGAAGGUUGUUGACCCAACCACUCCACCGGCCUUCUUCACCACGAGGCGCAGGUCAUGAAGAGUCCGAGUCUUAUUGUCUGUCUCAGCAUCGAUGACCAUCGCAAUGUCAGGGGGCAUGAGGACCUCCAGAGACAUAGACUCGAGCUGUGCGCCUGUGGCUGAACGACCUUGACCUCGUGCAAUUGCGCCCUCGAUUAAGUUCUUUGGUAUACUCGCUAACACCAAGAGUCAGACACAAAUCCGGACUAAAGACUACUGUGCAUAUAUACCUUUUGUUGCAGCGUUUAUUGCAGUGGCCAGUUGAGGGUUGAAUUUGACAUCAUCUCCAUACACUAUCGAAUAUUAGAAAAACCCUCAGGCCGUAAACACGCACACAGUGAUGCCUACUUCUUGAAUACAUAGCAAUUGUCUUGGUGAAAUUAGAUCUCUCAGUCAUCUUCUUCUUAUCAGUUACAGCUUUGAUGUGUUUUGUCUUGGACCACUUGUUGUGACCAGC